AUGGGUUGUGGAGCAAGCAAUAACACUCCGCGCGUGCAAGUACCAACAUUAAAGAAAAAACCUGCCUUACCACCUAUUGAGUCUCAAUCAAAAAAGAAAUCACCUUCCGCUAAAUCAGAUGGAUCAAAUGAUAGUGGUAUUGAAGAUACUGAACCUAUUAAAAAAAUACCUAGUUCAUCAAAAAUUCCUGCACCAACUGAUAAUUUAUAUAUCGAACAUCAUCAAAAAUCUCGCCUAGGUUAUGGUGAAACAUUUGAAAUCACUUCUUCACAAAAACCAGGUGCUUUAGCACCCUUACGAAAUGUUCCACGAUUUCUUGCUGCUAAUAAACAAACACCAACUGUUGAUUCUGAUCUACAAGCUAAAUUAGCUGCAAAACAAGAACGUGCUUCACGUAAACGUCAAGAAAUUGAAGAAGCACGUCGACAAGCAUCAUCAAGAAUAGGUCAUCGAACAUCAACAAAACCAGCACUACAACCAAUAACUACAGCUGAACCAUUAUCAACAACAUUCAAACAUGAUGAACGUCAGCAACAAUUAUCAAUGCUUCGUGAUCAACUUCGUCGUAGUAGUAGUAACAGUCUUUAUGAACCAAUGCACACUCCACGUACACCUCGAGCUGAUUCUGUAACAAGUGGAACAACAGAUAUAGCCAAUACAAUACCACGUCGAGGUGGUUUAGUAAUCGGUGCUACAACGGCUUCAAAUUUCAAGCCAGUUUAUGACUAA